GGCUGAGGACGUCCCUGAGUUUCACGCAUGCGCGCAGUGCACAGAAGGCUUUGAAAAUGUCGGUUGCAGGUUAAAAAUGAGAAGGAAUUCAUCUCCAGGAAGCUCAAACACGACACGCCAGUUUUGUUGUCUCUGCCUAGAUACUUAAGAACUGGAGCAAGGGAUCCAAUUGUCCACCCUUCCUGCUCAGACUGUGGGGAGGAAUUCACUCGGUGAUUUUGACCAACUGGCACGCCCAUCAUUUUACACAGGAAAAAGGACAUUCACCUGCCCAGACAGUGGGAAUGGAUUCACUCGGUUAUCUCAACUAAAGGUACAUCAGCAAGUUCACACUGGACAAGGCCAUUCACCUGUUCUGUGUGUGAGAAGGGGUUCAGUCGGUCAUCCCACCUGUGGACACACCAAUCAGUUCACACCGGGCAGAGGCUGGUCUUCUGCUGAACUUCUGGGUAAGGAUUCACUCUGUCAUCUGAACUAAUGGCUCACCAGCGAGUUCACACUGGGGAGCGGCCGUUCACCUGCUCAGUCUGUGGGAAAGGAUUCACUCUGUCAUCCACCCUACUGGUACAUCAGCGAAUUCACACUGGGGAGAAGCUGUUCACCUGCUCAGACUGUGGAAAGGGAUUCACACUGUCAUCCCGCCUACUGGUACAUCAGCAAAUUCACACUGAGGAGAAGCCGUUCACCUGCUCAGUCUGUGAGAAGAGAUUUACUCAGUUAUCCAACCUACAGAGUCACCAGCGAGUUCACACUGGGGAGAAGCCAUUCACCUGCUCAGUCUGUGGGAAAGGAUUCACUCUGUCAUCCACCCUACAGAGACACCAGCGAGUUCACACUGAGGUGAAGCCAUUCACCUGCUCAGUCUGUGGGAAAGGAUUCACUCUGUCAUCCACCCUACAGAGUCACCAGCGAGUUCACACUGGGGAGAAGCCUUUCACCUGCUCAGUCUGUGGGAAAGGAUUCACUCUGUCAUCCAACCUACAGAGACACCAGCGAGUUCACACUGAGGUGAAGCCAUUCACCUGCUCAGUCUGUGGGAAAGGAUUCACUCAGUCAUCCAACCUACAGAGACACCAGCGAGUUCACACUGGGGAGAAGCCAUUCACCUGCUCAGUCUGUGGAAAAGGAUUCACUGUGUCAUCCAUCCUACUGGUACAUCAGCGAAUUCACACUGGGGAGAAGCUGUUCACCUGCUCAGACUGUGGGAAGAGAUUCACUGACUCUUCCACCCUACGGAGACACCAGCGAGUUCACACUGGGGAGAAGCCGUUCACCUGCUCAGAAUGUGGGAAGCGAUUCACUCGGUCAUCCGACCUACAGAGACACCAGCGAGUUCACAGUGGGGAGAUGCCGUUCACCUGCUCAGUGUGUGGGAAAGGAUUCACUGACUCUUCCACCCUGCAGAGACACCAGCGACUUCACACUGGGGAGAAGCCGUUCACCUGCUUAUUCUGUCGGAAGAGAUUCACUCAGUCAUCCACCCUACAGAGUCAUCAGCGAGUUCACACUAGAGAGAGGCUCAGAAUGUGGGAAAGGAUUCACUCAGUCAUCCCACCUCUUGGCACACCAGUCAGUUCACAGUAAGGAGAGGCCAUUGUUAUGAAUCCUUUGGUUUUGUUUGCUGUAGACUGUCAUUUUAAGAGAGAGAGAGAGAGAAAUUAAGAAAGUGAAUCAGUCUGACUUGCAGCUUGUUUACAUCGCUCGCAGCUUGUUUAGUUUUAACUGAGGACACAGACACUCAGAGUCAGACGGAGACAAAGGAGGAAAAAUGGAAGGAUCAAAACCAGGGAACUAGUAGCCAAGGAUCACUGUUUGGAACUUUCCUUCACUCACAAGGGUGGGCUAAUUAUCGAUUCACCGUACAUCGAAUGUGUGGUUGUCACCUCAUUUGAUCCACAGGAGUGGAUCUGAUUUGCGAUAUCCUGUGGAGACGACUUAUGUGUUAAGCCUUGCCUGGCUGUGGCGUGGUCAUUCAUUUGAUGAUACCACUUAUGACAAUUCACUUUAGGUGAUAAUUCGUAUGUACAUUUGUAAAGAUGAUGGAUAAAAUCUAGAGCGACUGUUCUCUCUUUUUACCA